GAGCAGCGGCUCUUGGCCAAGUUUAUUGAAAGCGCAGAAUCCGUGAGCUACGGACGUGUUUCGCUCGAGCGCAUCGCGCAUCUCCCAACUUCGACCUACGAUCUCCAGCUCUCUCGCUCUCUCGCUGUCUCGCUCGCUCGCUGGCACCCUCUCGCUCGCGCACCGAAGUGAUCGUGAUAUCGUGCCGCGGAUUUUUCUACCGAUUGAGAUUGAGAAAAGGCGGUGAAAAUAUUACACAUUUUAGUUGUCGCCUGCGAUUUUGUCAUCGCGAUUUGAUCAUUGUUGGCCGGAUCGACGGCGCCUACGCGAUAUAAUUCUAUCCCCCUUGGCUUGCAGGGCAAUGCCCAAUUCCAAAUAGUUAAUUGCGUGACAAGUUCGAAAAAGGGGUUAAUAUACAGAAAUAAUACGAGAAGGAAACCCAAGCGCGAGGCUCCAGCUCACCCACGAGAUAAUGCAGAUCGAUCCGAAGCCACGAUGCGGUGGCAGCGUGGUUAGCUUUACCGUUGUGCUGCUGCUGAUCAUCGGUGCCGACUUCGCCGCUGGAAGGCCUGAUGUGCGCGAGUCGCCCUUCGCCCUCGAUCUGCAGCCUCCGCUGCUGCAGCCGGACGUGACCUUCAGCUCAGGCCAGGGGGGCGGUGCCGGGCCGAAGGCCAUCGACAGCUACGGCAACCCCAUCGACUCCCUGCGACCCAUCGACACGCCCGACGGGCGCAAGGUGGUCAGCGCCCAGGGCGUUCAGUUUGAGAUACCCACCUAUGCCUCGGGAAUCACGGAGAUCAGGCGGCCGGCCGAUGAUCUUCUGCCGCCACACAUUGGUGAGUUGACAUCCACGCGAGCAGCGGCUGCCAGCGGUGCCACCAGCAGAACGGAAACGGAAAUGAGGACCAGGACGAUACACGAAACUAAAGCUAAAACUAAAACUGAAACCAAUGCCUCGACAGCACCGCACACAACCAGUAGUCGUAGAAAUAGUAUAAAUAGCACUAGCACCCGCACCGCACUAGCCGCACCCAUUAGCACCACUAACAAGCUGGCCAAGCGCGAAUCGCUGGGCGGCCAGUUCCCCAUUGCACCACCCAGUAACCGCCACGCCCCACCGCCCUUCUCCCUGAUCAAACUGAAUCCCUUUGCCGCCCUGGACUCACCAAUCACCCAGAUCGGUUCCCAAUCGAAUACAAGUCCAAGUCCAAGUCCCAGUCUCUGUCCCAGUCCCAGUUCCAAGCACAGUCCUAUAGCCAGUUCCCGAGUCCCAGCCACAGCCCCAACCAACGCGAAUUGCUCGAAAUACUCAAAUCCGAAUCCUCUCCAAUCAGAUGCCAUCGCUGUGGGCCUGGAACCCAGCACCGAUCAGAAACCGAAUCCGAACUCAUUUACUGGCACAGCAUCAGCAUCUGCACCAGCACCAGCACCACUUCCAGCUACAUCACUAACACCGCCCCUCCAUGAUCCACCAUCACCCGACACGACGACCACCGCGGAUGUGGAGGUGGAGCAGGCGCACCUGGUGCCGCUUCCACAGGAGGAGAAGGACGUGGGAUCUCUGCCCGAUUUUAUCCGCGAGCUGCAGCGCGAGGAUGCCAACAUUGGCGGUCCUGUGGAGUGGAAACCGGCUGCCGAUGGAGCUCCGCUUAGUGUGAUUGCCUGGGAUCUGUUGCCACCGCACCAAGAGCUGGAUAAUCAGCGCCAGGAGGAUCAGAAGCAGGCUCAGGAACCCACUAUCAUUACUGAGGAGCAUCAGCAGCCAGCUAAGAAGGUGCAAGGCAUUGUGGAUCCUAUUAGUCACAACAUUCGCAUCAGUCUUAGCAGCGGCAAUGGUUUAAGCCCAGUGGCACCCACGGGGCACCUCCACAACGAUGGGCCGGCUGAUCACGGCACCAAUGCCCAUGUGGGCACAACCACAACCAGCAAUCCGGGUCGUUUCCCAAACCGCCAGAGAGGCACAGCGCACUACAGCACCACCAGGAGCAGUAGUACCACACUAAGACCGCGCAGCAGCACCACAACCACUAAGCCCACAACAACCACACCUAGGACGACCACAACCACAGCUAGGACCACCACAACAACCAGGAGAACCACAACAUCUAGCACCACUACAGUGAAGCCGGAAACGCGGACAGCCAACCCGGUAGUCAGUACUAUUGGCACGACCGAGGAUCCAUCCACCUUCUAUCGGCUGGACAACGAGGAGGCGUAUGCCUACACUCUGCCCACGUGGCUGCAGGAGGUCACCGACCCGGAUCUGGAUGUGGCCGUCACCUUUGAAGUGCCCACUGAUAAUGAUCAGUACAACCACACGCUGGCCAACGAUUUGGAGCCACCAUUUGAGCCCUUCAUAGAUCUGGGCAACAUUCAGCUGACUCCACCACCCACUGACAGGCCAACCACCACUAGCACAACAACCACGACAACUACCACCACGGCGGCACCAACAACGACAACCACAACCACAACAACAACGCCACGAACAACGACAACCACAACCACAACCACUCGGCGCCCGAGCACGCAGCGAACCACCAAAGCACCCAUACCACCCACUCACAGCACCCAAGAGCACCCAGAUCCACCGCCAGUGAAACUGACCACAACCACCACCCACCACGCAGAUAACACGCCGGAGGAUUCGAGCAGCAGCGGCAGCAGCAGCACCACCACUUUCGUCAACACCACGCCAAGCCAGUUGGAUGAAGGCAACCCAUUCGAUUCGGCCACCAUUCCCGCCUGGCUGCGUGACUUCGACUAUCCGGAUGUCGGCCCGGGCGUGCCCUUUGACCCAGACAAUUUUGGAACAGCGGCAUCCAGCAGCACCCGUAACCCCACCAGUCCGCCGCGUCCCCCCACCGUCCCGCCCGUCUCCUCCGCUUUUCCAUCCAAAGUCACGCUUCCGCUUCCAGGCAGCAGCAUCAGUAGCAGUAGCAGUAGCAGCGAGAAACCACCACUGGUACUCGUUCCGCCCGCUGACCGCUCGGAGGCCGCUUCCGGUUCCGACUCCCACUUCGGCUCCGUCUCCGUCCCCAAUCCCGGACCACUGACCGAUCCCACUUCCAACUCUGUAACGCCUUUUGCAGCCCGCUUCGAGCCAUCGGCCAGCAGCUCCAGCUCCCAGAGCGUUGAGCCCUUCCCGCCCAGCAAGGUGGAGUACACCAAGAGCGACGAGGGCAAGGUCAUCAGCACGCCGGUCGCCAACAAUCAGCGAAAAACGGAGAAUGUGGCACCUCCAGCCAGCAACACUGGAAAGUACACGGGAGGAUUUGGGGCACCGUCGGGGCUACUGCGCCCACAGUCGACCAAUCCCCAUUCAGGUCCCAACACCGACAUCUAUGUGGCGGGCAAUCAACACGAGUUCAGCACUAUUUUGAAGGAGAACAAGGCGCGACCCACCGUAAAUCCGGGUCGCUAUACCGGUGGUUUUGGGGCGCCCACGGGAGUCCUUUCGCCCCAAUCCCCGGCGGAGCCACGUCCCUUCCAGCCAAUUAACCAGCGAGCGGAGCACAGGGAACAUCCAUCCGGCGGCAACAGGCGGACGGACAGCCGUUUUGGUGGACCACCCGGCAUCCUCGUGCCCUUCGACAACGUGCAGCGAACUGGGGGGCAGUAGAAGGCAGUCCCGGAGUCCGCAAAUACUUUAAAUUAUUUAUAGCCCAUGUACAUGUACCUAUGCUAGAGCUAAGUAAGUAACUGACCCGCGGGUCGCCACAAUACUUGCGCAAUAAAAAGUCUCGGAACUAUAUAGUCGAA